AGCAAAUCAAUAGCCCUUGAGUCUAUUUUUCCGUCCACAUUCAUUGUUUGAAGAAAUUAUAUAAUUAGUCACAUAACCCAUAUUUGUGUUUAGUUAUCAAUGGCCGUUGAGAAAUCAGAGGAAGAAUGGCGUGUCGUUCUAUCUCCCGAGCAGUUUCGGAUCCUCCGUCAGAAAGGAACUGAGCUGAAGGGCACUGGUGAAUAUGACAAAUUUUUUGAUGAAGGGAUCUACAAUUGUGCUGGUUGUGGAACUCCACUCUAUAAAUCCUCAACCAAAUUUGACUCUGGCUGUGGCUGGCCUGCUUUCUUUGAGGGUCUCCCGGGGACAAUAAAUCGCUCUCCGGAUCCAGAUGGAAGGAGGACAGAGAUCACGUGUGCUGCCUGUGGUGGACACCUUGGUCAUGUUUUCAAAGGAGAAGGUCACAAAACACCCACAGAUGAACGCCACUGUGUGAAUAGCGUUUCUGUCAAAUUUAUCCCUGCGAAUACCUCUACUUCACUCUGAAACUUUUCCAUUUGUAAUGUUUAGAAAUCAGUUAUUCUGAGCUAGACGGCUACAUCUUAGUACCAUUCGUUAAAAUAAUAACUUGUUUCAUCGAUUAUUUUGUUUUAAAUGUUUCUUUAAGAAAUGCUUUUCAAUUGAUUAUUUUGUUAUAAUAAUAACUUGUUUCAUGGA